AAACACUGAGUCACACAAAACAAGCAGAAGACAGAGACGAGGGGGACGAGGAGGGACGAGGGGGGACGAUCCAACAGAAAACACCAACAACCACCAGAAGAUGAAGAAGAGGAUGAGGAUGGUGGAGGCGGGUGUGGCUUUAACCCCAUGGCUGGUUUUCUGUCUGUGUGUACGAGGUGUCCUUACUGCUGAUUGGUCAGUUAAUCUGCCCACUGAUCCAAUCUGCGCUGUGAUUGGCUCGUCCGUGGUCAUCCCGUGUUCCUAUGAAUUCCCUCAGAGCUCCGAUGGGGAGGGUCCGGUCCUGCAGGGUUCUGACCCUGGAGGACGUCAAAGCUCCAGGGUUCUGUCUGAGAUGUGGUGUCUGGAAAACAGCCGCUGCAUCACACCGAGGUAUGUGUUCCACAGCGCUGGGAUCUUUCCAGACCCGUUGUACCAGGGUCGGGUGGAGUUCCAGGGGGGACCGGGGACCCACAACUGUUCCCUGAGGAUCUCUGACCUGCGGCCGUCGGACAGCGGAACAUACGUGUUCUACGCCGUUGUUGACCACCCCACCCAGAAGAUGCCGGAGCAGAGGGGGGUCCAGCUGCUGGUGGCAGACUCGUCCGGUACUGUGGGGGUGUUGGGUCCAUCCAGUGAUGUCACAGUGGGCGGGGCCAUUACUCUGUCCUGCUGCAGCCUCCCUGUCAACCCUGAAGCCCAGGUCACAUGGUACAAGACCACAGAGGCGGAGCCAAUGCACAGCGGCAAGGCGUGGAGCAUCAGAAGAGCCACAUGGGACGACUCCGGCAGCUACUACUGUCAGAUCCAGAGCAGAGGGAGGGUCCAGAACUCCACCCAGAUCAGGGUGGAUGUACAGUAUGCCCCUCGACACACCACUGUAUUCAUCUGGCCCCCAGAGGAACUUCCUGUGGCUCUGACCUGCAGCAGCGACGCCAACCCCGCCGUGGCGGCAUUCACCUGGUACCAAGACGCCGCCUGCAACCCUACGGCCGACCUCAGCUUUUACCAGGGAAGGCGAACUGCCGCCACACCCACAGCCACUGGUCACACUCUGAGCAGCGUGAACAUCACGGCUGACGCUAAUGGACUGUACUGUUGUGUAGCACGAAACAAACACGGUUGGGAGAAGUACACGGUGGAGGUCAAAAGGUCACCAGCCGAGACCUCAUCAUCAUCAGGAGGGAAACUGAUCAUUGUCAUUAUAGUGACUGUCGCCGCCCUGCUGGCCGUCAUCGCCAUCGCAGCAUUCUUUAUGUUGAGGAAACAGAGGUCGUCCCGUCACCACUCCUAUGUCCUCACUGAGACGACGUCUUCAGCACCAGCCUGCUGGCGUCUCAGUGAGGGUCACGGGGUCACAGAUGGUGAUAAGGCCUGAGGAAGAGGACGGAACCAGAGGACAGUGACUCCAACAGCAGGACCAUCAUUUACAAACACAACUUCAUCUACCAGCUAUUUUUAGGACCAGACUGGGGUUUAGUUUAAGUUAAGUUUAGUUUAGGGUUAGUUUAGAUUCAGUUUACGUUUUCUGUUUUUAUUCUUCUGU